AUUUUGUUUUUUUUUCAGUACAUGGAAAUUUUAUUUCACCACUCCGUCAAUGCAACAUUAACUAAUGGUGCUGCUGAUGGUGUUCUUAUUCCUGGCGAACCGCCAACAGUAGAUUGGCGUUCGGAAAUCGCCGCAAUGACACCCGUUGAUGAACAAUUCACUGAUGGAAAUUAUCCAGUUGGGCAGUGCGAGAAUUACUAUAUUACGGGGAAGGAUGGCCGAGUUGCAUCGGACCGUGUAAGUAGCCAGGAAAAGAAAGCACUCGAUAGUUCGUUCGAUGAAAUGUACCAGGAUUACCGUCGAUCGGCUGAGGUGCACCGACAGGUUCGAAAAUAUGUGAAAUCAUGGGUGAAACCUGGAAUGACAAUGACUGAAAUUUGUGAACGUCUUGAAGCAUGUUCACGACAUUUGAUCAAGGAGAACGGUCUUGAAGCAGGCUUAGCCUUUCCUACAGGUUGUUCACUAAACCACGUUGCAGCCCACUAUACACCUAACAACGGUGAUCCAACUGUCUUGCAAUACGGUGAUGUCUGCAAGAUAGAUUAUGGUGUACACGUUCGUGGACGACUAAUCGAUAGUGCCUUCACACUACAUUUUGAUCCUAAAUAUGACAAUCUGGUGAACGCCGUCAAAGAGGCGACAAAUGCUGGAAUCCGUGAAGCUGGAAUCGAUGUUCGGCUUUGCGAUUUGGGUGAAAUAAUUGAGGAGGUUAUGACUUCACAUGAAGUGGAGCUUGAUGGACGCACUUACACCGUCAAACCUAUCCGAAACCUCAACGGCCAUUCUAUUGGCCCUUACCGAAUCCAUGCUGGUAAAACUGUACCUAUUGUAAAAGGAGGUGACCAAACCCGGAUGGAGGAGAACGAGGUCUAUGCAAUUGAGACGUUCGGAUCGACUGGAAAAGGAUUUGUCCAUGACGAUAUGGAAUGUUCUCAUUACAUGAAAAACUUCGAAUUGGCUGAAGAGCAUAUUCCGUUAAGGGCUCGUUCAAAAGCCCUUUUGAACACGAUUGAUCGAAACUUUGGAACAUUGGCCUUCUGCCGAAGAUGGGUCGAUAGGUUAGGAGAGACCAAAUACCUCAUGGCCUUAAAAGACUUGUGCGAUAAGGGUAUCGUUGAUCCAUAUCCACCUUUAUGUGAUGUGAAAGGGUGUUAUACUGCUCAGUGGGAGCACACGUUAGUACUACGGCCUACAUGCAAGGAAGUUCUUUCAAGAGGCGAUGAUUAUUAA